AUGAGAAUCAGCAUUUUAAAAUUUGUUUUUUUUUCAAUUAUUAUUUGUUCUUUUGAAUAUGUCAAAAAUGAACUAUACUUUGUAAACGAUAGAGGGAUAUACCUUGAAAGGGAUGUAAUAAACUUCAAAAAUAAUAAGAUAUUAGCAGAUGUAGAUAACCAAUUUGAUUUUAAUGAAUUUUAUGAAUCAACUUUGAGUCUCGCAAGCCAACUUGGUGAUUGUAUUGAAGGUAACAAAGAAAUAGCAUACCUCCAAAGUAUUAUAGACUCACAUAUAAAGAAGCAUAAAGAAAAUAAUACAUUACCCGAUUUAAAUAAUGUAGAUAAGAAAACUAAAAAGUUAAUUGAUCAACUUCGAAAAGAAUUAGAAGAAAUAAAAAAAGAGCUUAAUAAUAAAAGGAGUAGUGAAGUAGAAAUACAACCGAUAAAAGAUAAAAUAAUAACAAAAAAAAAUAAAAAUAAUUCUGUAUCAGAACAAGAAGACUUUAAACAAUUGGAAAAUGAAGGAAAUUUCUUGGAGAUUAACGAUGAUAAUUUUAAAGAUGAAUAUAAUGAAAUUACAUCAAGUAGUAAUUAUAAGAAAUUAAAAAUUAAUCGAAAGUUAAAAAAAGAAAAUAAAAAAUUAGUUAAGAAGUUUAUGGUGUUUAUGGUAUCUCAUUUUGUCAUAUUAGGAUCAGGAGGGGGGUACUUAAUAUUACUAGUUAUACCGUGUAUGAUUUCCGUAAUUAAGAACUGUUGGAAAUCCCUUAAAUUAUCCUUUAAAAAAUCAGAAAUAUAA